CUAAUCAGCGGUUAAAUCUUUGCCAAAGUCAAUAGUCUUAUUUUCCUUUUCUUUUGGAUCAGACCAAAGUCAGUAGUCUUUAGUCUUUACUUUCUUUGUUUAGAGCAGCUCCAUAUUUGGCAUGAGAUUCUCAAAAGUGAUUAGAUACUAAUUUAAUGUUUAAAUAAUAAAUGGAGUUUUUAAAUUUUAAAUAUUCGUUCAAUAGUUUUUCAUUUGAUAAUUUAUUGGAUAUGUACAGUAAAAAAUCUAUAAAUUAAUAAUGUUGAUUUUUGAAAAUUAUUAAUUUAUAGAGUUAUUAAUUUAUAAUAAGAUUCCUUUUUAGAUUUCUAUAUUUUAGAAUAGAAUUUUUGUAAAAUAAAAAAAUAGUUGGUUUCAUUGUUUAUAUAUUCAUUAAAUUUGAAAAUUUUAACUUUCAUAUUUCUUUAUUAUAUUAUUUGAUGUAUAUAAGAUAUGUAUCAUAUAGUUUUUCCCCCCAUCACUACCAUUUUCCCCCAAUUCAAUGGUAUCCCACUCUUUUGAGUAUAUUGAGCUAAUUUGCUCUAGAUAUAAUUUUAUUAAGAACAAUCAAAGUGUUAUGAAAUCUCAAGAAAAAAGUAGAAAUAGACUAUAUUGUAAAUAUAAAACAAACAAUACAAUGUAUUACUUUUACUUAUAUAAAUUGUAUAUAUAAAAAUUAUUAAUUUUGAUUUUUAGUGAGACUAUAUAUUUGCAUGGGGUUUUCUAAAUUAUUAUUAUCUUAUUAUAUCUUAUAGAUUUUUGUCAUAUUUUAAACCGGUCCAACUUGGGACGACUAGAGUUUAUUAAUUUAUGGAGUAUUGUAUCUAAAAUUUUGAGAAUUUCAUCAUUCACUUUAACAUUAAUUAGUAAUCUAAUCACCUUUUGAAAACUUCAUCUUCCAUUUUCAGAUUUUUAUUUAUAUAUUUACUCAUAUAAAACCUUUAAAUUAUUUUCUUUCGUUACUUUUAUGAAAAUGUUAAUAUAUUAAAUAAACGUCAUCGUACUAAAAUUUUGGAAACGAUUUGAGUAAUAAACUUGAGGAAUUAUAACGAAUAUUUGAUGAUAAAAAUGAAUUAUAACGAAUAUUUUCUUCCAAAUCUGUUUCAGUCAGUACCUCUCUUUCUCUCCCAUCUAUAUAAAUAUAUAUGCAUUUUUGCAUUCUCUAUGACACCUCACUCAUUUCAUUCCUAAUCAUUCUCUCUAUACGUCAAACCCAAUCUUAAUCUAACUUUUGAGAGACAAUCUACCAAAAAUGUAUCAAAAGACCAUAAUCUUCUUAACAAUACUCUUAACGUCUCUUCGCUCUUGUUCUAGCAGCUACCCGUUUGAUCCUAGAUAUGAACAUUCCAUAUCUCCCAAUGUUUAUUAUGAAACCAAUCACCAACACGGUCACAUUACACACAACAGGCACAUGAAAGAUCCCCAUGCCGCUCCUAGAUCUUCUCCUCGAGCUUUUAACGUCAACUCUUUCGGGGCUAAAGCCAAUGGAAACGACGAUUCUCAGGCAUUCAUGAAAGCUUGGGAAGCAGCUUGUUCGUCAAAGGGAACAGCUUACAUCGUUGUUCCGGAAAAUAGAGCUUACACUCUUAAACCGGUUAAAUUCUCCGGUCCAUGUAAAUCAUCCAUGAUUGUUUUUAAGAUUUACGGUAAGAUUGAGGCAUGGAAAAACCCAUCAGACUACAGGGAACGUGGGUUCUGGAUUGUUUUCCAAACGGUUGAUAACCUUCGUGUUGAAGGCGGUGGACGCGUCGAUGGUAAUGGAAAAAUCUGGUGGCCAAAAUCUUGCAAGAUCAACCCUGAACUUCCAUGCCAGGAAGCUCCCACGGCGGUAACGUUUGUGGAAUGCAACAACUUGAUGGUAAGAAACAUAAGGUUGGAAAACGCACAGCAAAUGCAUAUGAGGGUUCAAAAAUGCGAAAACGUGAAGGCUUUGAAUCUUAUGGUCAAGUCUCCGGGUGAUAGUCCUAACACCGAUGGCAUUCACGUUACCGGAACUCGCAAUAUCCUCAUUCAGGACUCUAUCAUCCGUACUGGUGAUGACUGUAUAUCUAUAGUGAGUGGGUCGGAGAAUGUGAGAGCGACGGGCAUUACAUGCGGGCCGGGUCAUGGAAUCAGCAUUGGGAGUUUGGGAGCUCAUAACUCAGAAGCAUAUGUUUCUAAUGUGGUAGUCAGCAAAGCAACUCUCAUAGGAACCACUAAUGGUGUGAGAAUUAAGACUUGGCAGGGAGGACAUGGAAUGGCAAAGAACAUAAUAUUCAAAGACAUCUUAAUGAAAAACGUUACAAACCCAAUAAUCAUCAACCAGAACUAUUGUGAUCAAACUAAAGCAUGUCCCGAACAGAAAUCUGCGGUACAAGUGAGCAAUGUAUUGUACAAAAACAUACAUGGGACGAGUUCAAGUCCCGAAGCUAUAAAAUUUGUGUGCAGCAAGAGCAUUCCAUGUCAAGGCAUUUCAUUGCAAAACGUUGAACUGGUCGAUCAAAAUACCAAACAAGAUGUCUCUAAAGCAACUUGCUCGAAUGUGAAGUUAAAGAGUAGCGGACGUCUUUCCUCCCUUUGCACUUGAUCACUUUUGAUCUCCGUGAACAACACAUUUCAAACUUUUCUAUAUUUACUUAAUUUGGUAGUGAGUUGUGUAUAUAGACAAUGUUUGAAGUAUCAGCUAGUAAGAUCAUAAUGCUAUUAAGAAGAAGAAAAUCAAGAAUGAAUAAAGAAUGGUUACAAAUUUAUGUA